UAUGACGGAACGAUGACCACAUCUUCUCUACAUUAAACUAAGAAAAUGACAACAUUUUCUUCUUAUUCCUCUGUAAUUAUGAUGAAAAACUAUUGAAGAGAUUUGCAUAAAUACAAUCUUGUCUUGUGAAUGUAUUGAGAAAACUUUCUGCAAAUAAAUCAUUCAACAAGUUCUUAAAAGUCAUGGAUGAAGAAGCAGCGAUUGAUCGGUUACCUUUACACCUUCUUGCUUAUAUAUUUUCUCUGGUUACCUCUUUCACCGAGUUGGCCCAGGCAAGUGGGGUUUGUAAGAAAUGGAGAAAAGCUGUGAACCAAUCAAUGGCGAGAAGAGAGUCUCUGAGCUUUGCUGGUUGGAAAAUGGACGAUGCUUCCACUUCUCGCCUCGUUCAUCUUGCUUACAAUCUCAGAGAACUCGACAUAUCUAGAAGCAGAUGGGGCUGUCAUGUAACUGAUAAUGGUCUUUACCAAAUAGCUUCCGCUAGAUGUGUAGCCAAUUUAACCUCAAUCUCUUUAUGGGGCAUGACAGCCAUUACUGAUUCUGGCGUUGUUCAACUGGUAUCAAGAACGUCUUCCUUGCAGCAUCUGAACAUUGGAGGAACAUUCAUCACCGACGAGUCCCUUUUCGCCAUUGCAGAACGCUGCCAUCAUCUCAAGACAAUCAGCAUGUGGUGUUGCCGCCAUGUGACAGAGAGAGGCCUUCUUGUUCUUGUCAACAAAUGCAGAAAACUAGAAUCUCUCAACUUGUGGGGAACUAGAGUUCCUGUGGACUGCUUCAUUGCUUUGCUUACCAUCAGUCCUGCACUUCAGAUCAAACCCAUUCAACUUCUCCUCAAUGCUCAGAAUCCACCACCUUUCUUGCAUGCUGUCUAGUCUUUUGUUGCUUUGCUUUGCUUUGUAUAUAGUAAUUCAUAAAAAAAAUGGAAUCUACAUUUCCCUUAUGUGUUCUCUUAUCAAUAAAAAAUAUUAUAUAAAUUAUUCAGUAAA